GAUGAAGCACGUUGAAAUGUUUACGGUUUGUGCGCGGCUAGCUGUCGACUCGAAUAAGUGCUAUUUUAUCAAUGACUGUUGUAUUUAUUGAAUGUAUGACAAAUAAUAUAACAAGUAAGCAACAAGCAAGACGUCUGUACAGAGUACCUACUAAUGAAAACCACUGCUAGGUAGUUAGUUAAGCUGUAACUGUGCAGCAAACCUUCCCGCUGUUAACAAGUUAGGUACUGCCCGUAUUAGUUAUUAGUCGAGACAAACAUGGCAUCUUCAAUAGUAGUUCCAGUCAUUGAUGUCCAGAAAGAUAAUUUCAAGGAGCUUUGGCCUGCUAUGGUUGUAGCCAUGAAAACGUCUUCCUUCAUUGCACUUGACACGGAGCUGAGUGGUCUUGGGAACAGGAAAUCAUUGCUGGCUGAGUCUAUAGAGGACAGAUUUAAAGCGAUAUGCCAUGCAGCUCGCUCUCGCUCCAUCCUCUCUCUGGGAAUCGCCUGCUACAAGAAACUGGACAACAAGCCGGCAGACACAUACCUGGUCCAGGUGUACAACCUCACCCUGCUGUGUUCAGAGGAGUACAUCAUAGAGCCCCAGUCAGUCCAGUUCCUGGUGCAGCAUGGAUUUGAUUUCAACAAGCAGUAUGCAGAUGGAAUUCCUUAUUACAAGGGCAACAACAAGGGAGGAUCAGACAACCACGGUGUCCACAUCCGGGCGUUAUUCACCGAACUACUGCGUGCCAGGAAACCCCUGGUGCUCCACAACGGCCUCAUCGACAUUGCCUUCCUUUACCAGAGUUUUUAUGCUCAUUUGCCCGAGCGUUUGGCCACCUUCACAGCCGACCUGUCUGAGAUGUUUCCUGCUGGCAUCUAUGAUACCAAAUAUGUCACUGAAUUUGAGCUCCGGCUUACUGCCUCCUAUCUGGAAUAUGCCUAUAAGAAAUGUAAGCUGGAUAACAAUCGCAGUGUGAACUCUGGAGCCAUCAGACCUCACGUUCAUGUGGAGUUCUGUCAGUAUACCGGUCACAUGUCCAGCUAUGUGGACUACAGGGUCUGUCCAGCUGUGGCCUCUGCUGAGGGACAGACUGACAUCUGCCAGCGCUUCUCUGCAUUUGGCUGGUGUCCUAAUGGCACUCAGUGUCCUCUAUCCCACGACACUGACCUGAUCAUCCUCCAGGAUGAGAAAGGCAAGCAGGACAAAAGGAAAAAGAGGAAGAGAAACAGAGAGAAGAGAGCUGUAGGAGAGGUAUCGGAGGGCUCCUCCAUCUUCGACAGUGCCCCUGAAAACAAAAUACCACACAUGGAAGUGGAUCCAGAAGAAACACCAGACAGCCAGCAAGUGACGACUGCUGAGCCGUGUGUAGAAAGCGGGCUUCUAACGCACAGUGAAGGAAACAUCCAGCACAGCGAAGGCGAAAACAUGAAAACAGACAGCGAGGGGAACGGAGUGUGUGAGUACAACACAGACUCCAGAAAUUCUGCAACAACCGCCGCAAUAAACGAUGACACAAAAACCAACACAAGCGACGGUGUAGAAAGCAGAGCGGGAGAGGAAACGAUAGAAAAGUGUAGCGACCACUCCGCUAAGACUGAGAAGAAGGCUGAGGCAGGAACGCACCGAGCCGGGUAUGACGCUUUCAUGACAGGAUACAUCUUCGCCUACUCAUGCACCAUCAUCGAGAAGGACGGAGCGGAAGCGACUGCAGAGGAGAAGGAGCAGACGUGGCUCCCUACUGCUCUCAAUAAGGUCUACCUCAGCGGCAAGGCAGCUCCUCUCAACGUGGUUAAAAGCACCUUCUCCAAGUCGUCCAAGGCCCACGUGCAGAAGAUGGAGAUGGUGUGGGGGAAGAGAAUGUAGUGUGCAAAGCAGGGAAAUCAUAGUUUUUACAUGUGCAGGAUCACAAUUUAUUUUCUAGAUACGGCAAUGUGGGUCUGUCAGUCAGUCGGGACACCAGGUUUGUCCACACUGAAAUAUCCAGACAACUAGAUGGAUUGGAGCCAUGAAAAUUUGUUUUUAUUCAGAUUUUUUUUUUCUUAACAUUCAAGGUCCUCAGAAGAUGAAUCCUGCAGACUUUGUUGAACUCGUGACCUUUCCUCUAACUCCACCACGAGGUUGACAUUUUUGGUUUUAGUGAAAUAUCUUGACAACUACAGGAUAGGGUGCCAUGAAAUUUAGCACAGGUAUCCAUAGAUUAAUCUUUAUAGCAUACUGUUUUUUGCAGUUAGUAUACAAGAAAUCAACAUAUGUUGUUUUAUACGAGCAGAAAAUGGUGCAAUACGUACUCCGCAAAGGCAAUCAAACUGUGACUUCAGACUGUGACCGAACCUAACAAAAUGAAAACAAAAUACUAAGUAAUUUUAGUUUUCUGUUCUUGGAGCUGUUUCAACAUCAUCCACUAUUACUUUUAAUUUUGUCCAGCUGUGAGUAGCUCAUCCAUUUCCUUUGUGCAUUGCAUUGUGGGAGAACAGUGUCCAUCAACAGUACACUCAAAAUAAGGGCAUUGAAGUCUGGAAACCAGCUGUUUUAAGUUUACUUAAUUUGAUCACUUUUCCAGUGUGAACACUCUGCAUACUCAAAAGCUGCAUAGAAUUAGUGUGCAGUCUGGAUUUGGGACUCAGCUUGAGUCUUGUCUCUGGUGCACACCGACUGUUACACCUUCGAAGAGUAACCACCAUGGCUUCUUUCUUUUUUGGUGAUUUAUGUCGACUUUUUAAGGAUAUGGUGAAACAUUCUGGAGUGAUGGUCACUUAUUUUUCAUGCCAAAAAGUACAGUCUGACAAUCUAGAGAGAUAAUAUCACAUUUUCUUCAUUCAUGUUGGUCUGUUUUUGCUCCCACUUUGUUCCUUAUUUAGCAGUCUUCUGUGGAUUUACUUAACAAAUUGUAAAUACUCUUAAUAAUAGAGAAAAUAAUUGAUAAUGAAAACAGCCACAGUAACAUUAUGAUUGAUAUGCUGAUUUAUCCAGCAUGCCCCAUUUUGUUUUUAAUGACUUGUUUCUGAAGUAAUAUGGAAAAUAAACUAAUGCUCUUUAACAA